UAUCAUUAAGUAAAACAAGUGAAAUCAGUAUUUACAAAGAUAGUGUGUUACAAUUAUUAACUACAGGAGAAUUUUUAGUUUUUAAUUCAAAAAUACUGCGAUUAUUAACUUGUUUUUUUUAAGAACACAAAAAAAGUACCAAAAUGGUUACGAGGAGUACUGUUCCGUCUUCGAACACAGACAAACAUAAAAAUACAUUAGACGUCGGUCUGUUAGAAGAAGAUGAUGAAUUUGAAGAAUUUCCAGUAGAAGAAUGGACGGAACAGGAUGAAGAAGAUAAAGAAGCUAACGUUUGGGAAGAUAACUGGGACGAUGAUAACGUAGAAGAUGAUUUUAGUGUUCAACUAAGAGCCGAGUAUGAAAAGCAAAAUAUUCCUGCUAAUUUUUGAAAUGUACCUACUACCCGCUAUUAACAAUGGCAAUUUGAUAAAAAAAAAUUAAAUGUGUAAAAUAAUAAUUAUAAAGUUUUUGAACUUCUCCUUUAAAUAUAAGAUUUGUUUUUGAGAA